AUGCUGACCUUCUUACUGAGACCUGUGGGCAUCCUGUACCUGUCUUCAGGGUUAUUGGUAAUAGCUCAAUUCGGAGGAGACUUCUCACCCAGGAUGAAUCAAGUUUUCUUGACUCCCUCCCACAUGGUUAAUCGCAAUGUGGGUCUGAAAGUUGAAGGCUCAAGCUUCACACUCGAUGGCUCUCCUUUCCUGAUCAUAGCAGGUACUAUUCACUAUUUCCGGGUGCCCAGGGAGUACUGGAGGGACCGCUUGCUGAAGCUGAAGGCCUGUGGUUUCAACACCCUUACCACGCAUAUUCCCUGGAACCUUCAUGAGCCAAGAAAAGGAUGGUUUUAUUUUACUGCAAACCUGGAUUUCAUGACUUUUAUAGCCAUGGCUUCGGAGGUGGGGCUGUGGGUCAUUCUGUGUCCAGGCCCCUAUAUUGGUAGCGACUUAGACCUUGGAGGCUUACCCAGCUGGUUACUCCGGGAUCCAAAAAUGAAGCUGCGAACAACUUACAGGGGCUUCACUAAAGCAGUGAAUCUCUAUUUUGAUAAGAUAAUUCCCAAGAUAGUACAACUCCAGUAUGGAAAGGGAGGCCCCAUCAUUGCUCUGCAGGUUGAGAAUGAAUAUGGUUCAUAUCAUCAGGAUAGAAGAUACAUGUCAUAUAUUAAAAAGGCCCUGAUCACAAGAGGGAUCAAGGUGUUCCUUAUGACUGCUGAUAAUGGAGAUGAACUGAAAAGAGGCCACUUAAAACGGGUACUUUCUACUGUCCACAUGAAACAUAUAAAGAAAGAAACUUAUGAUACGCUCUUAUCAAUUCAGGGUCGUAGCCCCGUACUGAUGAUGGUGUAUACAGCAAGCUCUUUGGACGGAUGGGGCACUUCCCCCCAUUCUGUGGAUUCACAUUUGUUAAUGAGAGACGUGCGUGAAAUGUUCAACGCUAGUUUCUCCCUCAACUUCUACAUGUUCCAUGGUGGCACCAACUUCGGCUUCAUGGGUGGAUCUGCAUCUUUGGACCAUUACCUCCCUAUGAUCACAAGCUAUGAUUAUGGGGCACUGCUGACAGAGAACGGAGAACAUACACCUGAGUACCUUGCAUAUCAAGAGUUUUUUAGCUCUUCUUUGGGGAUUCCCAAGCCUCCCCACCGAGAUUCUAUACCUAUGGCUAUAUAUAAGUCGGUGGUAACAGCACACUACAUGUCACUGUGGGAUGUCAUGCCCUACUUGGAGGAGCCCAUCAGCUCUGUCAAGCCAAUCUGCAUGGAGAAGCUGUCCGUGAACCAGGGGAAUGGUCAGUCCUCUGGAUACAUACUUUAUGAGACUGUGGUCACCACCAGUGGCCUCCUCACCACGAAGGGUCAUGUUCAAGAUCGAGGUCAGGUAAGGGACGGUGGAUGGGUGUUUUUGGAUGAGGAGUUUUUAGGGGUCCUGGACCAUUCCACUAAUCAGCUGACUAUUCCCAGGAAAAUGGUCUACCAGAAUAACCCAACACUGAGGAUCCUGGUGGAGAAUCAAGGCCGCCUUGCCUAUGGGCAGGAUAUCAAUAAGGAGAGAAAAGGUUUAAUUGGGGAUAUCUAUCUGAACAAUUUUCCUUUAAGAAAAUUUAAAAUCUAUAGCCUGGAUAUGAAAACUCAGUUUCUACAAAGGGACCUUCCUAACAUCUGGAAACCAGCCUUAUUCAAACAUCGGGGCCCUGCCUUCUUCCUUGGUAUCCUGAGAAUGGGUAAUUACCCCAGAGACACCUUCAUAAAAAUGGAGGGCUGGACAAAAGGUGUAAUAUUCAUCAAUGGACGAAACCUGGGACGCUACUGGAAUAUAGGUCCCCAGGAGACCCUCUACCUUCCAGGACCCUGGCUUCAUCCUGGAUCAAAUGAG